AUGCCUCCUCGGAGAGCGGCCGCGGCCGCGGCAGCAGCCGCCGUCGCCGCCCAGACGGCGUCCGACACAGCCGGGGACGAGUCCCUGAGCCCCCCGCCAUCGGUAGGCGCGUCCGCGUCCGCGUCGGCGGCGGCAUCGGUGGUGGUAGCGGCGGCCCCGUCCAUCGAGGCGGCCACGGUCAAGACCAAGUUCCCGACGGCACGGAUCAAGCGCAUCAUGCAGGCGGACGAGGAGGUUGGCAAGGUGGCGCAGCAGACGCCCAUCGCGGUGGGCAAGGCGCUGGAGCUGUUCAUGAUGGCACUGGUGACUAAGAGCGCCGACGUGGCGCGGCAGCGCAACUCCAAGCGGGUGUCGGCGCAGAUGCUCAAGCACGUGGUCGAGGGCGACGAUCAGUGGGACUUCUUGAGGGACAUCGUCGAAGAGGGGUGGUGGGAGGAAGAAGAAGGGCCAGUAAGGGGCUCAGGGUUGGGGUUGAGGAGCAGGGGCUUGGUGUCGUGUCCCAUGGUCUCCAUGGUUGAGGCUAGCUUGGGGAGCGGGCAACUGAGGAACGAGGAAUGA